UCGAAAUCGUAUCAGAGGGCAAGAGCCUUUCUCUCCAGCUAUAGGCUCCAAUUCCCAAGGAGCAAGAGGGACCUCGGAGAGCCAGAGUGGGGCAAAGGAGCCAGCCAGCAUCCAGCCAGAACCCUGGAGGAGGGGUUCCCCAUCGUGCCGGCAUCCCGCCAGGAAACAGCCGGCUGAGUUCCAACCACCAGAGCGAGCGCAGGAGCUCAGAGCGAGGGUGCAUCCUGGCCUGCUCGCUGCGGGGUCUGCUACUCAGGCUCUGCUGCGCAGCCACAUGAAGCCAGCUGGGGAGGGGGGGUCAAGGUGCAGCGAGGCGACUGGGACUGAAGCUGACGCCGUUGCAGGGAGGCACUGACUCCCAAGGGGACCCCCCUCCCCUUCCUUGCGCCUGGGCGGAAAGUCUUCUCCAGGGAUCCCCGGUCAUCCUGAAUAUCCAGGAUGGUGUUCCUGAAGUUUCUCUGGAUGGGUUUUCUGUGCCACCUGUGUCAGGGCUAUUUCGACGGUCCUCUCUACCCAGAGAUGUCCAAUGGGACCCUGCACCACUACUUUGUGCCGGACGGGGACUACGAGGAGAACGACGACCCCGAGAAGUGCCAACUGCUCUUCAGGGUGAGUGACCACCGACGCUGCUCCCAGGGGGAGGGGAGCUCGGCCAGCGCUCUGCUAAGCCUCACCCUGCGGGAGGAAUUCACCGUGCUGGGCCGCCAGGUGGAGGACGCGGGGCGCGUGCUGGAGGGCAUCAGUAAGAGCAUCUCCUACGACCUUGACGGGGAGGAGAGCUAUGGCAAGUACCUGCGGCGGGAGUCCCACCAGAUCGGGGAUGCCUACUCCAAUUCGGACAAGUCCCUCACUGAGCUGGAAAGCAAGUUCAAGCAGGGCCAGGAGCAGGACAGCCGGCAAGAGAGCAGGCUCAACGAGGACUUCUUGGGGAUGCUGGUCCACACCAGGUCCCUGCUGAAGGAAACGCUGGACAUCUCCGUGGGGCUCAGGGACAAAUAUGAGCUGCUGGCACUCACCAUCAGGAGCCAUGGGACCCGACUAGGUCGGCUGAAGAACGAUUAUCUUAAAGUGUAGGUGAAGGGGCAAACUGCCCGGGAGAGGGCAUCAAGUCAGUCCUCCUGGUGGAGGAUGGGGGACAGAGACAGGGCUAACUUUCCCCUUAUACUUAUUAUUUUUUAUAACCUGAUUUGCACUUGGAGAAUGAUCCUGAAAAAGGAAAAAAGUGAGAGUUGAGUGGUUUUAGUUUUGUACACUAUUUAUGUGAUUGUUACUAAUUUGUCACCUGGAAAGGACAAUUUAAAGUCAUGCCUCCUGCCUUUCCUAGAAGGGCUUUAUGAACUCUGCAGAGACACCUGUUUCAGCCACAUCUAAAAGGACACAGUUUAUGCAGUAAGGACUGAUUAAAGUUCCCCAUCCUGGAGAUUAAGUGAAAAUGCCCAGGGAGCUUGUGCACAGCUCCUUUCAGCCUUCUCUCCUGGGCUCUGAAAGCUGUCAACAUUGCCUGUUUUUCAGAUGAGGUCAGAGGUGCUACUCAGCAUGCCUGCCAGAGGAUGGAAUUUGCUUGUUUCUUCUCCUUUUCCUUCUUAUUUAUUAACCAUAGUCUCCAAGGUUUUGUUUUUCUUUGUUUUCUUUUUUCUUUUGGAUUUUGGGGGUGUUUUUUAAGAGUAUUGGCUAGAAACUAUAUGCAAAUCAUCUUUUGCAGAGAGAUGUCUGCGGUGCCUCUGUGGGUAUGUGUUUAAGUUAAAGGAGCCACAUUUAAGAAGCCUAACCUUGGUGGUGGUCAUGAACUCCUGUGAUAAGCCGAUUUGCCAUGUCUCUCAUUGUGUGUGUGUGUCAUCAGCGGGGCAGUCCAUUACAAAGAAGUAGGUAGAUCGUCCUGACACACCACCAAAAGCCUGUGAUUCAGGUUACCAGUGUAUUCUUUCUCAUUUGGGGGUUUUGCUUCUGUUUGCUUAUUGAAAACUUGUACUUCGAGUAGAGGGAAUUCUAAUUCUCAUAACUCCUUAACUAAGUUUUAUUAUUCAGCCAAUAAAUAUGU